UAUCGGGCAUCUAUAUGUUUAGUUCUAUUUUUAUUGAGGAUAAAAGCAUGUUUUUAACUUAUGUUCAUAUUGUUUGGUGAAGUAUGUUUGCGUAUUAAAAGAAAACUUGAUUGUUAUGGGUGAAGCAGUUUCUGACGGCUUUGCAACGGUUUAUAACUCAAAUACUUUUUCUAACAACAAUUGCGUUGGGAAAGCGUUUAAUAUUAAUGUCGAUGAAAAUAACGUUGGGAAGAGCAGCAGCCUUCAAAAUCUAUUAAUUGUGGCACCAAAUCAAAUUGGCAACAAAAAAAUUAAGGUUUUAUCUAUUAGUCAAGACUUUAAACGAGACAAUAAAAACAAUUGCUGCGCAGAAGAUAAAAGUUUGUGUCCGAGAAAUGGAGCUUUUUAUGUUGAAAAAGCGUUAACAAAAUCGUUACUUCGUUUUCCAGUAAACAAUCUAAAGAUAGAUUCUCAAAAUGAUUCCAUUUCAUUAGAGUCCUCUCUGCGAAAAAGUAUAAGCUCUGAUAAUAUAAAGCAAGAUAAAAAAGUAAACGAAACUUCAGAGACAAGUGUUUCUAAACCGUUUCACCAAAUCAAUGCUAAAUCCAAAACCCAGGAUUCAGAAAUCGACUGCAAUUUGUUGAUAUCGAAAGCUAGUGCCAAUGACAAAAAUAAAGUUACAAAUGGCAUAGGAACAGAUAAAGACAAUAUUGAGCAAGCUUGUCAGUUAUUUAAUGAUACCAUGCAGUUAACCCAGACAAAUACAGACCAGAAAAAAAAAGAAACAAAGAUAAGUUUUGCAGACUUAAGCUUUUUAAAAACGUUAGGAACAGGUACUUUUGGAAGAGUUCUUCUGGCGGAAUCCAAAAAAUCAAAUUUAUAUUAUGCUAUCAAAGCCCUAUUAAUUCGUGAUGUUAUUCGAUUAAACCAAGUUGAACAUAGCAACAAUGAAAGGAAAAUCUUAUUGAGCAUUAAUCACCCGUUUAUUGUAAAAUGCUACGAUUCAUUUGCUGACUCAAAGUGUCUUUAUUUGAUCAUGGAAUAUGUGCCUGGAGGAGAAUUAUUUUCUUAUUUGCGAAAGAUGGAACGGUUUCCGGAAAAGACGGCAUUUUUUUACAUAACUGAAAUUAUUUGUGUAUUAGAAUAUCUUCAUUUGAAGAGCAUAGUUUACAGGGAUCUUAAACCUGAAAAUCUUCUGCUAGAUGCUAAAGGUCAUUUAAAGUUAACAGAUUUUGGAUUUGCAAAAUAUCUUGAAAAUACAACAUGGACACUAUGUGGAACUCCAGAAUAUUUAUCUCCAGAAGUAAUUCAGGGUAAAGGACAUGAUUUUUCCUGUGACUGGUGGGCACUGGGCAUUCUAAGUUAUGAAAUGCUUGUUGGAGAGGCUCCGUUUAUUGAUGAUCAUCCAUUUGGCUUGUAUGAAAAAAUAUUAGAUUGUAAAGUAACCUGGCCAGAUGAUUUAAAAAAUAGUGUUUCAAAGGACUUUAUUAGUAAGCUUAUUGUUGCUGAUAGAUCAACAAGACUUGGAAAAGGAAAGCAUGGGUUUGAAGCAAUAAAAGCUCAUUGUUGGUUUGAUCGAAUCGAUUGGAAUCGCGUGUUGCAACAAAAGUAUCGAACUCCCUUUCAACCGGUUCUGAGGAGCGACCAUGAUACUAGCAACUUUGAUGAAUUUGACGAUGAAUGGAAUCUGGAAUCUGCAUCAAGCUCCAGUGAAAAUGAAAAGAAAAAUUUUAGCGAAUGGUAUACAUAACUGAAACAAACUUCAUCACAGUAAAUUUACGAUAGAAAAUUAAAGAGAAAAAUUAAAGCUCGAUUUGAGUUUAAUGACUCAGUUAUUUGAAAAUCUUGAUUUAUUGUUCAAAUUGAGGUUUUUUGAAGAGAUCCUGAGGUGUAAAGGGAUGUUACAAAAUGUUACAGCAUCAAAUGUUAAUCUAAACGCACCAGAGUCAAGUUGUUAAACGAGACAAUUAAACAUCAAAUUUUAAAGUUUACCAAAAUACGAAAGGAAAAUUCGGAUUUAAUUUAAGUGCAACUUUAUUACGAACAAAAGUAAAUAUGUAAAUAAAUUAUUUAGUUA